AUGGCAGAAGAAGAAGGAACCGAUUAUAAGAUUGCGUUGUUGGCGCAACAAAUGGAGAAGAUGACGCUGAUGAUGACAAAGUUGGUAGAGGAUUCUGCACGUAAACCGCUAGAUGAGAUUCCAGAAGGUUCUAGAAGGAAGGCCUCGAGAUUUACUAAAAAAGCCAAGAAAAAGGUGAAUUUUAGUGAAGAGGAUGAUUCUGACGAGGAACAGGAAUCUGCAGAGGAGUCGGGUGCAGAUCAAAGCCAAGAGGAGGAAUCGGGUGCCGAUAAAGCUGAAACUUAUUAUACUAUUUAUGAGUAUAAUAACUGUAAGAGGAUCAACUUUGCAACAUUAAAGUUGACCAAGCAUGCUUUGACAUGGUGGAAGGCUUAUAACAAACGUUGUAGUAUAACGACUAUGACGUGGAAAAAGUUUAAGCGAGCGAUAAGAAAGCAGUUUUACCGUGUUAGCUUCGAAGAGGAUAGAUGGUUCAAGUGGCAGCAUUUGAGGCAGAGUUUUGGACAGUCGGUACAAGAUUAUGGAGCCGAUUUUCAAAAUCAGGCUAUGGUGCUGGAUCUAGGCUUGGAUGACCAUGAACUCCUCAUGAAAACAAGAAAGUCGACAAAAAGGAGGACAAGGGGAAUUCAAGGAAGUUUUGAAGUUGGGAGUAGCAGUAGUAAAAAUAGGGAGCAAAGUUUUGGAAAGAAGCAGACAAAAUGUGAGCAUUGCAACAAGCCAGGUCAUACCAAAGAAACAUGUUACAUUCUUCAUCCCGAGCUUAGGGAGAAAGAAAAAGAGAAAAGAAGUAAUCGAAAAGAUCUUAAAAAGGCAUUGAAUGCUAACAAGACUGUGGAGAUUCCAGAAAUGGUGCAACCAGACACGAAGUUGACUCUUAUGACCCAGAAGCUUGUUCAUCCAGAAGGUCGCGAAAACUUGUUUAAUGUUCGUAUACAAGUGAAGCACGAUUUGAUAGACACUAUAAUUGAUCCGGGAAGCCAAAAGAAUCUCAUUUUGGAGGCAUUAGUUUGGAAGUUGCAGUUAACAACGUCUCCCCAUCCUAAACCAUACCUGUUAGGAUGGAUACAAAAAGACGUUGAGUCACAAAUUACUCGACAAUGUACUUUCAAGUUUGCAAUUACUAGAGAAUACAUUGACGAAGUGACUUGUGAGGUGGUGCCAUUGGAUGUAUGCCAAGUAAUUUUUGGUAGUCCAUACUUAUGGGAUAGUGAUGCAGUGUUCUAUCGACGACUUCAAAAGUAUCGAUUUCUGAAGGAUGGAGUAGAGUACUUCAUUCAUGCAAGCAAUGUUUCCUUUAAUAAUAGUUUGAUCCGUGCUGAUCAAGCUAAAAGGAUGGUGAAUGCUUGUGGGAAGUUCGUUUUAUUGGUGGUUCGACCACGAGAAAACACCCCAUCUACAUAUGUGUUAUCUACUGCGAUGCUUACUCCUAAGCAACAAUGUGAUAUGGAGGGGUUACAAUCACAAUUCUCAGACUUGUUUGAGGAUGUUGAAGGCUUACCACCGCAACGCCCAGUAGAGCAUGAGAUACAACUCGUUGGAGGAUCUCCAUUGCCUAAUUUGGGUAUGUAUCGUCAUUCGGUGGAAGAAAGCGAAGAGAUCAAGAGACAAGUCAAUGAGCUACUAGAGCAAGGGGUAUUGAAACCAAGUUACUCACCUUGUGGAUCCCCAGUGUUGUUGGUCCCAAACAAAGAUGGCAGCUGGCGUAUGUGUAUUGAUUUCCGAGCACUCAACAAAAUCACUAUUAAAAAUUGGUAUCCAUUACCAAGGAUAGAUGAUUUAAUGGAUCAAUUACAGUAA